AUGGAUCCAGCCUCGGCUUUGCCUGCAUGUAUUCGAGGUAAGCCUGGGCAUCCAGCCACUGGUCCUAUCCAGUACCGAGCCAAACUUAGCAAGCACAGAGACACAAGCAGACACAAGGACAGAGCCGACGGGGAAAGAGGAUCCAGAACACCUCCUACACAGUGUAAAAAGCCUGCUUGCGAAACAGUGGGCAGACCCAAACAAGCUACCUCCCAAAGAACAGAAGCGACUGCGAAAAGAGUUGGGAAUACUUGA